AUGCAUCUCGGUCUCCUUGCACUGGCAUCAACAGGCGCCGCUUCCUCGUACUUCCCAGUAACCGAAGACUUCAGGCCGUUCGGUCCAGGUUACAACCAUGGCGCCUACCCGCAAGACUUCGGAAUUGUUGGACCACCGAACCUCCAGGCUGUGCAUGAUAGUCAGAACCCACCGACUGGACUGGCGGUAGACUCGGAGCAUAACGUCUACCUCACGUACCCUAGGAAUAUGGGCCAAACACCCGUCAACGUCGUAAGAUGCACCUCCUUUAACGACGAGCAGCCGUGGCCCAACGCUGCCAUCCAGAACUGCACAGACGGCCAGGACCCAUCGACCUGCUUCGUGAAUGUCCAGAAUGUGGUUCUCGAUUCGAUCGGCCAGCUGUGGGUCGUCGACAGCGGCUUUCCAGCUGAUGCGGAGGACGGCGCGAACGCGUUGUAUGGCGGGUCGAAGAUCAUGUCGUUCAAUGAGUCUUCCGGCGAGCAUAUCCGGACAUAUGCGAUACCAAAGGAGUAUCUCCAGCACCAGAUGAAUGCGAAUGAUGUUCGGAUUAACAACACUCUAGGUGGUGGGAACGGGUACGCUUUCAUCACGGACGAGAGCACCAACAGCUCUCUCCUCUCGGUGAAUUUAGAUGAUGGCAGCGUCAUUCGCCGGCUGUUGAAUACAUCCGUGGUUCGAGCGGACGAGAAGUACGUCGGGUCGUACGACGGCAACCUGAUCUAUUGCUGGAAUAAGACCGAGAUCGGCUAUUGUACCACUGGUGCGGACGGCAUUGCGCUGGCCUCCGGCAACGUGUACUGGGGAGUCUUGGCCUCGAGGCGCUACUACUUUAUCUCGCAGGAGGCGAUGACAGACUCAAGUCUGUCCGACGACGACGUACUAGCAGCGGUCCAAGAUCCAGGACAGUGCGCCACCGAGCAAGCCGGCUUCACUGCAGACAAACAUGGGAGAGUGUACAUCCUUGCCAGCGAGCAGAAUGCCAUCUACUACGUCGACACGCAGCAGUCGGAAGUUGAUAUGACUGUCAACGGCGUGCAACCAGGUGGCGAGGGUCGCGUGCCUGCAGACCGAUAUGUGGUGAAGACGUUGGUGCGGAAUGGGAUGAUCCAGCAUGCCGACAGCGCUGCAAUAUUGGAUGGUUGGCUGUACUUCAACACCAAUCAGCUGCAGCUUUCGCCGGAUCGACAAUAUAACAACACCGACAACCGAAAAGGCCCAUUCCGAUCGUUCAGAGUAUGGAUUGGUCGAGGUCCAGCAGUGUAG